AUGAACGAAGCCAUUAUCAAUGCGUUCUUGCGUGGUGUCGCUGUCAAGCAGCAGACACGAGCAGGAGCCAUGGCCGCCGUUGGGCUCAGUCGGGCUGCUGUCAAGCCAUUCUUGAUCGAUGGCGUAGUGAUUGCCUGCGAGAACAGUCCCAAUAGUACGACCUUGUCCGAUGACGGAGACCAAUUGGAUCUUAUCCUCCAAGCGAUCAAGCAGAAUAGCCCCGAUGUCCUUGCGAGACGGCUACAGGUGAAAACCGCUUACCAUUCCCAUCAUAUGAAAGACGUCGGUAGCCAGUAUGAGGAGAUGCUCGGUGGCCAGAUUUCCAGCCAGAAACCGGUGGUUCCAUUCUACUCAAGUGUCUCACAAGAAGUCAUACUCUAUCAAGGAUUGCUAGACCCAUCCUAUUGGCGAUCGAACCUGGAGUGCGAGGUGGCUUUCUAUCCGGCAGUAAAGCGGCUACUUGCAACAGAAUCUCAGAGCAAGGCUUUGCUCGAGAUUGGACCUCAUUCAGCUCUAGCGGGCCCGCUCAGGCAAAUCGUGGCUUCGACUUCGGCAGAUGCUUUCCAUGUCUCAACACUGGUCAGAAACAAGCACGAUACUAUAGCUCUAUUGACGACAGCCGGAGAGCUUUUCCUCAAGGGAGUCGAUGUCGACCUCGCCUCGAUUGUCCCUUCAGGACAAGUACUGACGAACCUCCCUGGCUAUCCUUGGAACUAUGGGACCCAUUGCUGGCACGAAAGCCGAUUAUCUCGAGAAUGGAGACUCCGAGAAUUCCCCCACAACGAUAUACUAGGCUCCAGGGUUCUUGAAAGCAGCCAUUUGGAGCCCGCGUGGCGGAAUCUGCUGCAACUGGACAAGGUUCCGUGGAUCCGCGACCACGUAAUUGGCCCCGACAUCGUCUUCCCUGGCGCUGGAUACGUAGCCAUCGCAUGCGAGGCUAUCAAUCAGAUGACAAGAGCCAAUGAGUGCUCUCUAAGGGAACACUGCACUGGUCAAGUCAGGUCAGGAGCCCAAGAUCCUCCGGCGCCGCGGAACAUCGUCGACUUGCCAAGGAGGGUGCCCAAAGCACAUUGGUAUGAGACACUGAACCGGGUCGGCCUGAAUUAUGGUCCCCGGUUUCAGGUCAUUGAGGAUGUGUCCGCCCAUCCGUUGGACAACAGAGUCGUUGGGCAUAUCCCAAUGCAACACGACGAUCUCGAAGAAGGAUCAUCAUACUACGUGCAUCCGGCCGACCUCGAUACAUGUAUUCAACUGUUUCCCGCCGCUACUACUCGAGGAAUGGCUCGAAAUCUUCACAACAAGUUCGUGCCUACCUAUCUAACAGAGGUAUACGUCAGGCGCCCAACAGGCCCUCUUACCGUGGAGGCUACCGCCACUGUCAAUGCCAAUGGGGUCCUACAGGGCAACUGUCUAUGCAUGGACCACGAAGGCGCCGUGGUACAGUUGAAAGGCAUCUCCAUGAAGCCGCUGAAGGAUGAAGAUGAUACAGGUGCUAAGGUCCACCAGAAUGGCGUUCGACUUCAAUGGAAACCGGACAUAGACUUCCAGGAUGUCGAUUCCCUCAUCGCAUCUGACAUUGGAGCUCAGAGGGGUCAACAGCUGCUACAGCACCUUACGCUACUUUGCUGCAUUGGAGCUCGAGAUGCGUUGGACAGAAGAUUCUCCAGCACGAACUCCGAAUAUGCACACGACUAUUACCGUUGGUUAUGUGUACACAUUGCAGAAUCUCUGACGGAAGAUGCCCCCUUUGCCGAAGAAGUCAAGGUGGUAUUGGCAUGUUCUUUAGCUGAGAGGCCUGCCCUCCUGGCGGAGCACAUACGGGGCCUGAAAGCAACAGCACCGAGCAAGGUGGCCACUACUAUCCUUCAUGCUUACGAUGCCCUUGAGGGUGUCCUAGACAACAACAUCGAUCCCGUGGAGCUCAUUCAACAGAGUGAGGCGGUCUCGAUAGCCGAGUCCCAGGAGCUCUUAGAAUCAUGGAACUACCAGCCCUUUCUACACCUACUCAGUCACCAUACGCCGCACCUUCGCAUUUUGGAAAUUGGUGCUGGUGCCGGUAGCACCACUGAGAAGGUGCUCGAGGGCCUGUACUCCCAGUUUGGAGAGAGAAUGUUCUAUUCUUACACAUACACGGAUACCUCGGAGAACUUGCUGAACUCUGCGAAGGAACGAUUCAAGCACGUGAAGGGGAUUGAAUUCCGCUUACUGGAUGUAAGUGAAGAUCCAGUAGCGCAAGGCGUCAGUAGCGGAUCGUUCGAUCUAGUCAUUGCCAGCAAUGCGCCGCACUCAACGAGGGAUGUCGGAGGAUCGUUGCGAAACAUCAAGCAGAUGAUGAAGCCAGCCGGAAAACUCCUACUUCAGGAGUUUUGCCACCGUCGACCGUGGAUCAACUUCGCCAUGGGUGCAGUACCUAGCUGGUGGGCAGACGGGGCAGGCGACAGAGCCAAAGACACAUACCUGACUCCAGAGCAGUGGACCGACAAGUUGGCAACCUCGGGUUUCCUCACCACCAAAGACGCCCAGCGUGCUCGGUUCCAGAACAGCAUGACUAUUGUUGCUCACCUUUGCAUGAAGCACAGUCUCAGAGUCGAGACUGUAGGGCUCAACGACACGCUGAAAGAUGGUGUUGGUGUUAUUUCCAUCCUUGACCUCGAAGGAAAUCCUUUUCUUGAGGAAGUUCCCGCAGAUUAUUAUGAGAGCUUCAAACGAUUCCUGUUGAAUGCGUCCUCCGGUCUAUUGUUGCUCACGAAGCCCUGCCAGAUGGGCUGCCCUGAGCCACAAUAUGCAGUGAUCAUCGGACUCGCGCGUGUGUUACGCAACGAAUUGGGUGUUCGCAUCUCCACGUUGGGGCUUGACCAGUGUGACACAGCUCAAAGCAUGGACGCGGUGUGCACAGUAUACCAGAAGUUGCAGUCUGCAACAGGAAGCGGAGAGGUCGACGUCGACUGCGAGUUCGCCCUCACGCAAGGCGUCAUUUACGUCUCGCGAUUUCACUGGGUUUCGGUCACAGAUGAGCUCGCUGCUGAUUCCAAAGACUGGAACACCAAGCGGCUGACCAUAGGGAAGAGAGGUUCACUCAAGACUCUUCAGUGGGUAGCCUCGCCGGAGGAUCCUCUAUCGGAAGACGAAGUCUUGAUUGAGGUCCGUGCAGCCGGCAUGAACUUCAAGGAUUACCUCAUUGCUAUGGGUAUUGUCGAUGAAGACACCCUCGGUCUCGAAUUGUCCGGCAUUAUAAAAGGCAUAGGUCCAAAAGUAUUGGGUCUUCGCGUCGGUGACCGUGUCAUGGCUCUGGCUUUCAACUCGUUCGCAAGCAUGGCGAAGACCCGAGAAACUCUCUGCGUCGUGAUACCCGAGGCCCUAAGUUUCGAGGACGCAGCAACCAUGCCAUGUGUCUACGCGACUGCUAUUCACGGUUUGUUGGACCUUGGGAGGCUCGAAGCAGGCCAGACGGUAUUGGUGCAUUCUGCUAGUGGAGGUGUUGGUUUAACAGCCAUUCAAGUCUGUCGCAUGGUAGGCGCCGAGGUCUUCGCAACUGUGGGCAACGAAGACAAAGUCAACUACCUGCGGGAAAAAGUCGGCAUUCCCGAGGGCAAAAUCUUCAGCUCUAGAGACUCCAGGAACUCAGCCGAUGGUUUCCUGACGGGUAUCAUGAGGGCAACAGCUGGUAGGGGUGUUGACCUCGUUCUCAACUCGCUCUCUGGAGAGCUUCUGCACGACUCGUGGAAAUGUGUCGCGGCCUAUGGUGCAAUGAUCAAAAUUGGCAAGCGUGAUCUUGUCGGCCAAGGCAGGCUUGCGAUGGACUUAUUCGAAGCCAAUCGGAAGUUUUGCGGUCUGGAGCUCGGGAAGAUGUGCUACGAACGGCCGGAGAGAGUUAAAAAACUGCUAGAACGCUGUGCGGACCUGUAUCGAGCAGGCGAUAUCCAGCCCAUCAAGCCAACAGCAAUUGUGGAUGCGGGAGACAUCGAGAACGGGUUCCGCUCAAUGCAACAAGGCAGCCGCAUCGGCAAGGUCGUAGUCCGCAUGCCAGAAGACUCUUCGGUUGUUGCUGGCAGCGUAGCCAAACUGGAAGACGUCCAGCGCGUCAUCGAAGAAGCCCGACUUCCGAUUGCAGGUAUCAUUAACGCCUCCAUGGUCUUGAGGAGCGGAAUGUUUGCCGAUAUGACACACAGUGAUUGGGAAGAAGCCCUAGCGCCCAAGGUCCAAGGGACCUGGAACCUGCAUACAGCAUUUGCAGACAAGGACGUAGACUUCUUCAUUCUGUUCAGCUCGCUUUCGGGCCUCGUCGGUCCUCGCGGUCAGGCCAACUACGCAGCGGGUAACACUUUCCUCGAUGCCUUUGUGCAGUAUCGACAGAGCGCCAUGGGCGACGUUGGAGUCAUCAGUGAGAAUGCGAGGCUCUUGAAUCAGUUUCGUUUCGCCGCGGUUCACGUCAUGCGUGAGCAGGAUCUCCUCGAUGCGCUCGAGCUGGCCAUCAAGAAGUCUGGUCCUUAUCUCUCCGAUCUCAGUCUGACCGGUACCAAUGGGUACAUCAGCGAAAGCCAGUUGGGACUCGGAAUGUCAACAACCAUGCCGCUCAGCUCGCCUCAGAAUCAUACCACAUGGAAACGAGACCCCCGUAUGGGUGUUUACCGCAACCUGGAAAUGUCGGAUGAGACCAUGGAGGAUGCAGACAAUGACAGCGACGGUGGCCUAAGAUCCUUCCUGACCGAUAUCCAGGCGAAUCCACGAAAGCUUGCUGAGGAAACCCACGUCACGACGCUCUCACGUUAUGUUGGAACAACGUUGUUCAACCUCAUCAUGCGCCCGGUAGAAGAUCUGGAAGUCACAGCUACGAUGACCUCGCUGGGCUUAGACUCCCUGGUCGCGAUCGAGCUGCACGAUUGGUGUCGCCAAAGGCUCGGGGUACGUGUCAGCGUCCUAGAAAUCAUGGGUGCUGGUACUAUCCGGAAGCUUGGAGGCUUCUUGGCUGAGGAGCUGAUGGUCAAGUCGGGUGUUGGUGUAAGGGAAGGACGAACCUUCUCCCUUGUGGAAAGCUCGAGCUAG